AUGCCGUUGGUUGCACCAGUGAAUGGUGUGACUGGGCGCUCCUUCCGGCGCCUCGUGACGCAGGUGACUGGGGAGAGCGAGCCGUUACUUCUGAUGAGGUCCUACGAAGGCAUGCUGGGCUCGAUCCGAAAAGGCCUCUUUCUUCCUGAUGCCACGAGGGAAGGCCACCGCCUCGAGUCAAGAUCAUUGGAGUUUGGUUCGGCCGGGAAUUCAAGCCCAUUGACUGAUGGGGGCUCCGGGCCAGUGAGGGCCGAGGUCCCUCCUCCUGAGGAGUCUGAUUCGGAAGGCAAGUACUACCAAGCAGCUGCACUCACUCCUGAAGCAGCUGCCGAGGAGUUUCUGUCGUCGCUGCCCGGGGAUUUUGAAGAGGCCCCUAAUGAUUUUUCAGGCCAUCCGAGCGAGGUGGCUCCGGGCUCGUCUUCAUCGUCGUCCAGUGAGUCGAGCACAUCAGGAAGUGAGGACGGGCCUGAUUGGAGCGAUGCGUUCCAAGGUGAGACGUUCACUUGUGGGCGCAAGAGGACGCCUGAUUAUUCCAAGGACGAAGUCGACCACCUGAUCGGCCAACAUGUGGAUACUUUGUCAAAGUUGGCUUUCGUCUUAGUCCCCCCAGGUCGGGUGCCAGAGGAGGAUGCUGUGGUUGCCCUCCUGCCUUCAGGAGCUACUCAAGGGGCCGUCGCAGGCCUCAAGCGUUUGCUCUUCGAGGCGCAUACGUUGGUGGUGUCAACGUUAAAGCAGCGAGUUGAAAAGACGGACGAUGUUGUCCCAGCGUCUCUGGACAGUGCUGAGAGGGAUGAUCGCUUGGCUAGCCAGAAGGCGCGACUUGGGGGCCUCACAUUUCAAGGUGAGGAAGAAGUGGCUCAUGGAGCCUGUGAUCUUGUUUUUGCCAUGGCCCAGAAGAAUGAGCUUGUGGCCCUUGCUUUCGACCUAGUAGGGAUCCUCAGCUACGACGUGGCAAACCGUUACCAUCAGGCUUUGAUUCAGCGCCUGCAAGAAGCCCCGCCGCCGGGGUAUUCCAAGGUGUCCACAGCUCAGGUUCUCCGUGCUGACCGAGCUGCGUUUCUCAAGAUCGCUGAGAACAUCACGUCCCUGCGUCGGAGUGGGACCGGUGUGUUGCCGUUGGACGCGCAGCUGCCAACCAUUUUGCUUGAUCCGAGUGUUACUUAUCACCUUCUUCCUUUGCCGGCAGGUGCGUCUUCAUCAGGGCAAGGCAGGGAUGAUGACAAGCCAGAUCGGCCUCCGAAGCGUCCUCAUGAUCCGCGUCGCCGCCCUCCGAAGAAGGGUGCCAAACGAACCAACUUUUCU